CCAUCAUCAAACCUAUAUAUAUAUAUAUAUAUAACGUUAAUUGAUUAUCUUUCUGAGAUACUAAGAUUAUAUUCUUAAGAUGUGGGCAAGAAUCAGACCUUCACUCAACAUAGAUAAAGAAUGUGGAGAAAGGCAGAACGUGAACGAUGAAUACCUGUCUGCAGUCAGGACAAAAUCCUACACAGAUUUCUUCCUCAAAUUCCAAUUUAUGGUCAAAAUCGAAUCGCCGCCGCCGCCGCCGCCGGAAUCCUUCCUUGAUCCCGGGGAGGAAACCAUAGAAUCUAUUCUAAACUCGUCGCCGGCGGUCAAUUCCUCCGGCCAGAAAUCAGUCCUCACCAGCUUCUUCCACGCCGGCGCCGACGCCGCCAGAUUCUGCAGCCAAUUACUGAAGAAUCUCAGUCAAGUUCAAUCCGACCACACGAUCCUCCUACGCGUAAUCGACGGCUGCGAUUCGCCGUCCUCAGCCGACCGGUUCAGCGCCGCCGUAGCUGAGCUCCGGUACUGCGCCGUUCUCGACAGCCCCUUCUCCGACGGGAGCCGAGCCGAAUUCGACGAAUUCCGCUGCCGCAACGCCGCAGUGCUGCACCGCCUGAAAUCUAAGCGUAAGCAAAUCUCCCGUAAAAUCAAGCUCAUCAAAUCCGUCAACAAGGCUUCCGGCGUCUGCGCUGCGGCCGCCUGCGGGCUGGCGGCGGCGGCGGCCGCCUUCGUAGCCGUGCACACCUGCACGGCGGUGCUGAUGUGGCCGGCGCUGCUAAGCCUGCCGAUCAAGCCGUUGAAGAAGAAGAUUCAAAAUCUGGCGCCGAUCACGCGGCGCGGCUCGCUGCGCCGAGCAGCUGUCCAACUCGACGCGGCGGCGAAAGGGGCGUACAUAUUGAACAGGGACUUCGACUUGAUGAGCCGGCUUGUGGCUCGGCUGCAGGACGAGAUCGAUCACAACAAGGCGCUUAUUCGGCUUUGUCUGGAGAGGAUGGACGGCGCGCGGCGGCGCUUCCCGGCGCAGGUUGUGGCGGAGCUGAAGAAGUACGAAUUAGGGUUCCGGCGGCACGUGCAGGAGCUGGAAGAGCACGUGUAUUUGUGCCUGGUCACCAUUAAUAGAGCUCGAGCUCUCGUCCUGAACGAAAUUCAUUAGUUCAUUCUUUAAAUCAGCUUCGGACAGUGUGGCGCGGCUGUUGUCACUGUAUUAAUUAAUUUAAAUUAUUAAUUAACCUUAAAAUAUGCUGUAAUUAAUUAUUAGUGUUGUUGUUUUGGA